CAGCAACAACACAUUACAAAACUGCCCGGGUUUUGUAACCAUCCCGCAGGGCGCUGCCCAAUGAGCGGCUGCAGCGGGAGCGGCCGAGGGGGUGGAGCGCAGAGGGGAGCGCGAGGGAAUCACACGACCCCCCCUUUUUUUUUUUAGUUUUUACAUAAGUCUUGCGGCCGGACGAGGUCGUUCUGCUUAGGGGCGUGCGCGGCGGAGAAGCCGGCAGGAAGAAUGGAGCGGGUGGCGCCGUCGCCUCCGCUUCCAACCAGACGAGCGGGCGGCAGCAGCAGCGCACCGGCGACACAUCGAAGAUUCCUGCAGCCGCCUUCUCCAGCCUGGCGCGCCUCGGCGUUCCCCUCCAGCAAAGCCGGCGUCUCCGCCCUCUAGAGCCAAGGCCACCACCCCGUUUCCACCCAGCCAUGGGCUCCCCGCCGCGGCAGGAGGAGCAAAAGCCUUUGGCGCUGCGCUUGGCCAAGGAGGCGCGGCAGGCGCGCGGCGGUCCGGAGUUCUCUUCUCGCUCCGUUUCCUCGUCGUCGUCGCUGACGGAGGCCCCGAUGCGGCCGCCCGAGUGGCAGGGGCUGCUCCAGCGGGCCGAGUGGCUGGUGCAGGACGGGCAGCUCCCCGAAGCCCUCAGGCUCUACCGGCUGGCCUCGGGUCACCCCCGCCCGCUGCGCGCGGAGCAACUGGGCGAGCUGGUGGAUUGCCUGGCGCGCAGUCUCCGCGGGAAGGGCGGCUGGGCGACGGCGCCCGGCGCGGCGACUCCAACUCCGGGCCAGGAAUGGGAGGUCUUCGGCUGCCGCAAGUGCCAAGGCUUCCUCUACGAGCCCGUCUCGCUGCUUUGCGGCCACACCUUUUGCAAAAAGUGCCUGGAGAAGGAAAGGGGCCAGGCUGCGGCGGGAGCCACGGAGGUGGUGCCGGCGGCGGGAUGCGGCCUCUGUCCGGAGGGCGAGAGCGCCCAGCCACGGCUCCGGGUGAAUGUCAUCCUCAGCAACCUGUUGGGCAAAUGGUUUCCCGGGCAAGUGAAGGCGUCGAGACUCCGGCAUGAAGGGAAUCUCUUAUAUAAGGAGAAGAAUCUGCAGGCAGCCCUUCAGAAGUACAACGAAGCAGUCCGAUUAGCUCCCAAUGAUCAUUUGUUAUAUAGCAACCGGUCCCAGAUUAAUUCUACUUUGCAAUGUUGUGAAGAAGCGUUGGAUGAUGCAGAAAUGGCCUGUAGGCUCCAGCCAUACUGGGUGAAGGGCCACUUACGGAAGGGACAAGCCCUUGUUAACCUUGGGAAAACGGAAGAAGCUUUGCACGAGUUUUUAUUCUGUCUUGCUUUGGAUGACGGGAAUAAAACAGCCAAAUCAGAAGCUCAAAGGCUUCUACUUAAUUUAUUUUCGCGUAUCCUGGGGAAUGCUCAGGAAAACUUGCCUGAUAUCCUGCAGCUGUUGUCCUGUCACUCUAGAUUAAAAGGGAACCUAUUAAAUUCAGUGGGAUUUGGAGGCAUCGGCCACAGCCUACAAAACUUGCUCCAGGCAAAUAUGGAGCAGGAAAAGUACUUCAUUCUCCAUGAGGAUCAGAAAGCAAGUGACUGCAACAGCUUGGGGAAAUCCAUCCCAGUGGCAGAGAGCCGGAAAAGAAGCUCGAACGAGAACAGGCAUGCCUCUUCAGCAACAGAGCCUGCUGUUCGCAUUUCUGAGAAAUGCCAACUUCUAAAGAGAAAGCACUGCUCUGAAGAAGCCCCAAACACUGACCCACCUAGGAAAAUUGUGAAAAGGGAUGCAAGUGAUGAAAAAGGCACCGGGGCUGGGAACUGUGGUCUGUCUGAAUUUGUGGACCCAUCCGAUCUGGAGUGUUCGUUGUGCAUGAGGCUCUUCUACGAACCUGUCACCACCCCCUGUGGACAUACAUUCUGCCUGAAAUGCCUUGAAAGAUGUUUGGAUCACAACCCGAAAUGUCCCCUGUGCAAAGAGGGGCUCUUGGAGUGUCUGGCAAAGAGGAAACACUGUAAGACUGUUCUGAUGGAGGACUUAAUUGCAAAGUACCUUCCUGAGGAGUUCACGGAACGGAGGAAGGUUCACGAAGAAGAAAUUGCUGAACUUUCCAACUUGAACAACAACGUCCCCAUAUUUGUCUGUACAAUGGCCUACCCCACCGUCCCUUGCCCACUGCACAUCUUUGAACCAUGCUACCGACUGAUGAUCCGGAGAUGCAUGGAGACAGGCACCAAGCAGUUUGGAAUGUGUAUUGGGGACCCUCUCAAAGGAUUUGCGGAUUAUGGCUGUAUCCUGGAGAUACGAAACGUUGAAUUCUUUGCUGAUGGACGAUCCGUGGUUGACAGUAUUGGCAAAAGGAGGUUCAGAGUGUUGCAGCACGGCCAACGUGAUGGGUACAACACAGCCGAUAUUGAGUACAUAGAAGAUGAAAUGGUGCAAGGAACAGAAUACUCUGGGCUGAUUGUGCUUCACAAUUCUGUAUAUGAUCAGGCCUACAAGUGGUUUGAGUCUCUCAAGCCAGCGCUCAAGAGUCGUAUCCUCAGUCAUUUUGGUCCAAUACCUGCUAAGGAGUCAGACCCACAGUCUAACGCCAAUGGCCCUGCCUGGUGCUGGUGGACACUUGCCGUUCUCCCUCUUGAGAGCAGAGCCCAGCUCCCAUUUCUGGCCAUGACGUCCUUGAAAGACCGCCUCAACAGCAUCAGGCGCAUCCUUGCUUUCAUGUCCCGUGCAAGAUCGCGAUGAUAACGCCAAGAGAAGUCCCGUGAAUCCUCUUACGAUACUUGAGCACUUGAGUAUUUCUCUGCCAACAGUGGCCGCUUCCAUACAUCGAGGCCUUUUUUGAGCUUUCUGUCUCCUGCUAUUACAUCGGGUUGUUGACCCAUGCAGAAGAAAGUGGCAGCAGACAGGCAUUUGUAAUGCAGAUGAACAUCCUGGUUGCUAUAGGCUUUUUUCCUGUUGUCCUUUACCAGUUGAAGCAAGAGCUCCGGUUUUAAGCCUCGAGGGUGAAAGUGCCCUAUAUCUAGCUGCAAUAAUGUUUUACAGAGAAUAAUUUUUGGAAAAAGAAAUGGCUCUAGCUUGAGCUGUCUUGUACAGCAAAAACGAUACCAAACGUUGGGUAGCUAUUGUGCAGGACGCAUGCAAAAACCAUCCCAAGCACAUUCUACUCGGAACUAAGUCCCAAAGAGAGUGAUGGGUCUUAACUUCCAUGUAACUAUGCUUAGGGUUACAGCCUUAAUGUUCUUGAGUUGAUUCUUCAAUUGCUGCACUGUUUUAAAUAUAUAUAUAUAUAUAUGUAUAUAUAUAUGUAUAUAUAUAUAUGUAUAUGUAUAUAUAUAUAUGUAUAUGUAUAUAUAUGUAUAUGUAUAUAUAUAUAUAUAUAUAUAUAUAAGUGAACAAAACAGAAUUGAACUUGUUUGCCAAAACAUUUUUUUAAAAAGCUUUCUCAUUAUUUUUAUUUUAUUUUGUUUGGGAAUAGCUGCAUUGAAAUCUUUCUGGUUUAAUGUGAAGUCGAAAUAACCAGCCAUUUUGCUGUAUUAUUUCAAGGUGUAUUCCAAAGGGUUUCGGUUUUGUAUGGAUCUGUAUAUUAAUAACAUUCACAAGAUUUUCCUGGAUUUUUAUUAUUAUUUUGCACUAAAAAAAUUGUUUAGUUGAUUUUCAGUUGUAAAUACACAGCACAAUGUUGAUUACUCCAAAAUACAUCUGAUUGCAUUUGAUGGUGCUUAGCUUACUUCCUAGUAAAAAAGUGGGUUUAGGAUCGCAGGCUAAGUAUAUGUGUAUUCUUAUAGAAGUUCAGCUACUGUACUAAUUUAGGGUGCGAUUCAACUUGCCUUUACACUGGACUGAGGGGGGUUAGAUGCAGCGGAUCUCCAGCUGAGCCAACUGGGUCCUGGCUCAGCCGCGCUAUGCCAGUGCAAGUCCCUCAGCUAGGCCAGCUAAGACUGGCACAAGUGGAGCUGGUAUAAGGCCCAAAAAGGGUGUGUUUGGGGUGGGGUGUCAGGGAAGGGGCUGAGGAGAGGAGACUUAGGCCAUAUCCAGCUCCUGUUCGGAGCGCUCCUGCAAAAUCCAGGCACAAAUUACACCUAGAAAAAGGUUGGUCUAAGAAAAUAAUUACAAUAGAAGUCAAUGGAGAGGGCUUACACCCCAGUAGGGGUAUUUGGGAGAUCAAGCUUUUCCUUUCUGGUCCCUGUGCGCAGCUCCCGGCUGAGCCAGCGUUCAGCCAACCCAGAGGCUCCUGAAUGGCAAUUGGAUGCAGUGGAACUUUAUGCCAGCUUCUCUUCCUCCAGCACAGCUUACGCCGGCUUCCCCUGAGUUGGAUUGCUCUGCCUGGCUGCAAUCUAAUACACACUUACCUAGAAGUAAGUCCCAUUGAACCCAGUGGAGCUUACUUCUGAGUAGACAUGUAUUGGAUUGCUGCCUUAGGGUUUUUUUUAUAUAUUGAACAUGAGUUUUGGGGGAGCAGAAGAGAAUGGAAUGGGGAAAUUAAGAACACAGUCUGAUACUUCGAUAAUUUGUUUGACAUUUUGUGGGGGGUCUAACAUUUUUACCUACAUAUCGGCAUUGGUACAUUGGGUUGGAUCCAAACUUGCUCAUAUGUAGAGUUGACCCAUUGGAAUCAGUGAGACUUAAAUCACGACUAACCUAAGUCCCAUUGGUUUCAGUGGGUCUCCUGGAAACAUGACGAAUAGCACAAUGCUAACCAUGUCCACUUAGAAGUAAGUCGUAUUGAAUUUAGUGGGGCUUAUUCCCGAGUAAGAGGGGUUUGAAUUGCAGUCUAAGUCUAGAUCUGAUCCUCCAUCUUUCGCGGAUGUGUCACAGCAACCUUCCUUCAAUAUUUUUUCUUUGUUUUUUUUAAAAAAGUCCAAAAUAGUUGGUUGCAAAUGUUUCAAAAUUAUUUAUCCUUGCUGUCAGGAGCCAGAUACUAUCUAUCUGGGUGAGUUCUGUCUUGGCUUUUUAUUCAGCAGAGGUUUUAAGAAUGCUCAUGAACAGCAAUGGAGGCGAAAGGGGGGGGGUCUUUUGCUUGCCAUGUGAUCCUUAUAGAUCUUCAAGCUCUGUCCAGAGUUAGUGUUGCUGAAUCUGUGUUGUUUGUGAGCACUGAGGGAAAAGGGGUGUCCUUGACACAUUUUCCUGUAUCUUUUUUUUCCCUUGCUAUGACAGUGUGUUGUGCUUUUUGGAUCUGAAUAAAUCUAUGGUUUUGCUAAGUAGAACUCAAAGGGGCCAUUCACAAUACAACAGUAGACAACUCUGAAAGGAUCUUAUUAAAGCAUGUCUUUGGGAGUUUUUGUAAUGGGAACAGGUGGGAAGGCAGAGACAGGACAUAAAUAGUUUUUAGCCUGUGUCCACAGAGGAAAGUCCUUGGGGUGGAAGCAGUAUCUUCAUGUGUGUCAUUCCACCAUUGGUAAUUUGCAAUUUACUCUCCUUGGGAGCAUAUUCAUCACUUGGUGAAGGGCCAUAGCUCAGUGGUUGAGCAGAUGCUUUGCAUGCAGAAGGUCCCAGGUUAAUCCUGGCAUCUCCAGGUAGUGUGGGAAAGACCCACUGCUUGAAAUCCAGGAGAGUUGCUGCUGGUUAGUGCAGACAGCACUGAGCUAAAUUGGUCUGACUUGGCAGUUUCCUAUGUUCCUAAUUUGUUGCUUUUCUGCUUCUUUUGAAUUGUUGCAAAAUUGCGUUGUUUUUAUUUAAACUAGGGGCAAAUAAUGUGAUAAAGGAUAUCCUUUUUUAAAAAAAGUGGAGAUAAUUUUAUUUUCUUGACUAUACUGUGAGGCAGGGUGUAGAUCUCUCCUGAAUUUUGAAAUAAUUUAAUGCCUUGAUAUUUUUUUUCUUAAUGACAUUUUUCUACUCUUUCAUUCUCAUGUUUAACGGAGACUUACUAGAAAGCAUGCUUUAGAGUUCCAAGAAUUUUUUUUAGAAACCCUCUCUUUUAUGAACAGAUGCUGGUAUCCGAAUAAAACACAGGUGUAUAUAAUUGCUUGAAAAAGAGCUCCAGAAGAAGUUGCUAAUGACAUUUCCAGCUUUGUGAAAAACAUUUAAUCAAUUAAUUGAUUGCUCUUAAACUGUUAAUAUAAAGAAGAUUUUGUAUUAUGUAGAGUUUUCGUUUUUCAGUAAUGGCUCCACCGAGGCAGAUGUCUUCCAAUUGUAGUUCCAGAGAGGCUUUGCUUAAAUUCUUUGAAAUGUGCCCACAGGGGUCCAAAUUAUAAAUGGAAAUGGACUGUAGUCAUUUUGGGGGGGUUGGGGUUGGAUUGUUCUAGGUGAAACAAAUCCACAUUGAAAGCUGUUGUGGCCGUUAUGUGCACAAACAUUGGCCCUUUUGCAACUGCAAAGUGGGAGCUUGAAAUGCUUUUCCCAGUCUAGACAGAGCUGUUGGCCCUCUCCACUGCUCACCUCCCCCUGACUCGCAAUGAAAAUCAGUCCUUAAAACUAGGUCAAUUUCCAUUCAUACCAAUUGCAUUCCCAGGUGGACAAUCAAAGCAAAACCACUAUGGCAGGCCCAUGUCUUAGAACGAAAGAGUAGAUCUUAGCUUCCCCCCCCUUUCUCUCUCUCUCUAGAUAAAAGCUCUAGAUUUAUUUUCCACUUGAGUGCCCAUAGCAAUUUACAAAAACGUGAAAUAAAAAUAACAAAAGGCAACAGCUAAAGAAAAAGGUGGGGCCCAUGGUAUCAUUAAAAAAAAAAAAAAGCAUGAUCAAAA